AUGAACAAAAAAGACCUCGUCAACAUCCUCAACGAGCGUAAAGAAGUCGAUAACUCCCAGUAUUGUCGGAACCAGGCCUCUUCUGUUUCAACUCGCUCUGAUAUUUCCGGGGCAAAUGGGCUUCCUCGGUUUAACAAUGACGAUAUGGAUAUAUCGCCUGGCAGUUCUCCUCUUUCUUGUUGUAGUUCAAAUUCUCAGGCAAAUUGUAACUGGCAUUACAAGCGCCAGAGCCACGUUACGAGGCAUGCCAACUCCUUGCAACCUAAUACUAAAAAGUGCAAGGAUGACAGUUCCAAUUGGAAUUCAUUUAAGCAUUCGUCAGGCGAUUCUCGAGUUACUACGACUAAGCCAGAUGCCCCACAAAAUGCUGCGCUUAGGCAAUUGGUUGAUGCUCUUAGAGAAUCUCUUGGUUCAAUUCUCGCUCAUUCUCCUGCUAGUUCAAUUUCAACACCGAAUGUGAGCAAUUCUAAGUCUGUUAAUGAGCAUACAAAUGCUAAUUCAGCCUCCCGUUCUAUAACAUAUGGCUCGAAUGGUCCUGUUUCUGAUACUCAUUGUCGCUCUAUAACAUCUAAUCGCCUGUCUGAUAAGCAUGUUUCAGACCAAAGGGAUAACAUGAACCGUCAAAUGUCUGAUUCUUUUCAGGAAAGUCAGACGCCUCGCGGCACACUUUCUACUACUCCAAACACUUCUGGCACAGCAAAUACUUCACCUCCCGUUUAUUCUAAAAAUUCCACAAGGCAGUUAAAAAAUGUCCAAACUAAUAAUCCUGGAGGAAGCGCAAGUUCUCGUACCAAGAAUAUGGCUAACACGCUCUCGGCUCUUUUCAAUCUACUUGGUGCAGCUGCUCCAUCUAAUUCUGGUGGAAUUCCUGGAGCUAAACCUGCAAAGAGUCCAUGUACUGUGAAUCCUAAGUAUGGCAACAAUCCUGGUCUAAAUGCAUCUCUUCCCAAGCAAUCCCCUUCGGGCUUGAUUCCUCAUCUCGUCACCAAUCACCUUUCCAUGAUCAGACACCCUAGUUCUUCGGCUUCACCCUUGAUGCCGAGUCCCAUUACUCCCUUAUCUGCUACUACUUCUCACCAGUUGCAUUCGUGUUUUCUUCGACCUACCGAUGAAAUUUCGCAGACCUCUGAUAUUUCAUCUCAUCCUUUGGUUUCUAGACACCUCAACCAAGCACCUUUUCAAGGUUCUUCGAGUUCCCCUUCACUAAGCAGUGGGUUGAUUUCUGGUGCUCCACAUAAAGAGCAUAGAAUGCAAGUGCAUCAUCCUCCUACCAUCGCGUCAUUCAAUCAGCUUCAGAAUUCCACACCUCAAUCAUAG